AUGGGUUCGUUGGGGGUAUGGGGGGUUCUGCGUGAGGAGCUAAAGAAGAUCCCCGCCAUGCUGCAUUUCCACGCAAAUGAGUCCGUGGAUGCCGCAAAAAGGGCUGGCCACUCGCUGAAGAGUGCCUACCUGGAUGAGAGCCCGGAAAUAGCAGAGAAGCGCAAGAAACACCGCGAGACAUAUGAAGAGAUACUGCGACAACAACAGCAACGUGCAAAAGAAGCCUCAGAGGAGGCGCUGCGGGGGCUUAGCUUUAUGAAACGCCUCAAGAAGCGUGUAGCUUCCGCCAAAGAGGCAUUGAAAGAGGCCACGUCUAGAAAUGCAGGAGCUAUGGCGCUGCUGCAGCAUUGCGCCGCGUCGCAUGCGGCGGAGGUAGCGGUGGAAGAAGGCAUUGACGUCAAAACUGUAACCAUGCAACUUGAGAAGAAGCGUACAGGCACGCAGGUUGGAUACGAAACUGUGGUAGUGGGUUACAUCGACGCCCCCAAUGCGUCAGAAGCGGAGGUGAUGGCGUUUGCCGAGAAGCUGCAGAGACGGUGUCCGGUGGCCAACUCGAUGGAAGGAAAAAUAGAAUGGCGUAGUGUGGCCUCCUCCACGCGUAACCCCGAAUGUAACAAUAAUGACAAGGAGGGCACUGCGGAGGCGAUUCCAACGGGAACUCCGGGUUUUAGGCGCUACACCUCGUCAACCGCAAAAGGGGUUGGCGGGGGGCUGCAAGAUCCUGACGAGCUGCAUCUUCCUGGAGGCAACUCGCGCAGGGACGGGGAGCGCGACAAAUAA